AUGAAGUUCUCCCUCGCAGCAGUUCUUGCCAUCACCGGCCUCGCCGCCGCUGCUCCUCAAUGGGGCUCCCAGGUCAGCCGCCCUGCUACCUCGUCUGCCUCGUCUGCCUCUCAAGUCAGCCGCCCUUCAGCAACCUCAUCCUUCACUCCUCCAGCUCCAUCUUGCUUGACCAGCUCUGAUGCCACCACCCUUGUCAACGGCUUCCAAUCCCUGAUCAGCAACUACACCCUCGCUACUGCUGAGAAGCUCCUCUCCAACGACUUCACCGAUACCUCGGACAGCAUCAACAUCCUCGCCGGUUACCCAUUGGGCUCAACAACCUUCCCCAGCAAGGCCGCCUUCGAGGCCGGUCAGGGUUCCCAGCCAGCUCUCCCAAUGACCAUCCUCAGCAUCGACAGCGUUGACUGCACUAAGGUUGGUUUCCGAUGGACCAUCACCAUUGACCCAACCAAGCCAGUCGUCAAGGGUAUCAACAGCAUUGCCUCGAGCUACAACACCACCACCCGGGCUUGGCAAAUCAAGACCGUCUACUCCGAGUUCAACUCUUGCCACUGGAUGAACCUCAUCGGUGGUACUUGCAAGGGCCCAGGUCAAUAG